GUUGGGCUUAACACUUUAUAAAGCUUCCCUGUCCGCGGCGAGCCACUGUUAAAAGAUCACUGUUGCUGAAACUUCACAUCCUGCGCCUCACGCACUGGAAACAGACGAGCGAGCUCGACGUUACUGUCCAUCAUGAGCGAGAGACAAGGAUCUGGGGCAGCUGCUGGCAACAACAAGACGUCUGGAGGACAAGAUGCGUCCAAGAAGGACGUCCCGGAGGACUUUGACAUUGACAUGGAUGCCCCAGAGACCGAGAGGGCGGCCGUCGCCAUCCAGUCUCAGUUCAGGAAGUUCCAAAAGAAGAAGCAUGACGAUAAAUCCUAGUGAGCGCCACGUUGUUGUUCUGCCAUCGUGUGCAGAGGCGGCGGUGGCAGCGACGGCGCAGUGGCGAUGGUGUGGCACUUGCAUGUAAACAAAUCCAUACCUGUCCCGAACUUCAGGGGUUGUGGUCAUGGCAGUGGGU